AUGGCGGAGGAUCUCUCGAAGUUAUGGGGGAAACUAUCUCUAGAUGAAGGAGAAAUGAUGGAAGUGGCGAUCCAGCCACGGAUGGUUGAAGGAGUGGUGUCACGAGGAAAAUUUUGUGUGGUAGGGAAACUACUCACAGAUUGCUUUGUUGGGAAGGAUAUUAUCAAACGAACGUUGAUCAAGGGAUGGCGACCAACGGGUAGUCUUUCCUUCAAAGUAUUGGGCGAGAAUGUGUUUAUCCUGGAGUUCGAGAAUGAAUGGGACAAAGCAAGGGUGUUAGAGGGGAGGCCAUGGAUUUUCGAAGGAAACCUGUUUUCAGUGGAAGAGUUUGAUGGCCAGUCCUCACCAUCAAAAAUAAUUUUUGAGCAAGCGGCCUUUUGGGUUAGAAUGUUUAAUCUCCCUUUGGCAUGCAUGGGAAAAGAGGUGGGCCAACAAAUUGGGGCCACAAUGUGGACUAUGGAGGAAGUUGAUACCGAUGAGGAAGGAGUAGGCUGGGGAAAAUUUUUAAGAGUCAAGAUCAGAAUUGAUUUAACUAAACCUCUGCCUAGGGGUAGGGUUAUCAAUCUCCUUGGUAAGCAAACUUUGAUAGCUUUUCAAUACGAGAAGUUACCAAAAUAUUGCUUUGACUGUGGCAAAAUAUGGCAUGGGCAGAUGGGCUGUACGGUACAAGGAGGAAAUCGACCCAAGGAGAUGGAGAAGCAGUAUGGCCCCUGGAUGCGCGUACCAUCUCUAUGGCGGAGGCGUGAUUUUCCUACUCCUCGCUUUUUCGAACAGCAAGGGGAAGGAAUGAGGGAAGAUGACAAAUCUCAUGCAGGGAUACGUGGUAAUCGGCGUAGAAGCAGCAAGUAUCACAGUGAAAGUGACAAAGCAGCAGCUUCACAGGCAGAGGAAUCAACAAAGGAAAAAUCUCCGGUGAUCCCAGACGAAACGCCGGCGAGUGGGGAAAGAGCGGUUACAGACGAAGGGAGUAUUAAUGGUAGGGGAGCAGAUUCUGGCGUGAAUAAAGGAGCAUUUACUGGGGGGAUUUCCGUUAGUGGGCAAGCUGAAUCACCAGCCGUUAAAGGAAACAAUAAAGAAGAUGCGCAGGAGGUUUUAUUAGGGGAAGAAAAUUUCCUGAAGGCGGUUAGGGAAUUGAAAUUAAAAGGGAAAGAAGUAUCUAUGAAUGCGAAUGGGCUGUCCAAUAAAGGCGAGAUUUUGAAUGAGAAAACAAGAAAAGAAAGAACAAAAGAGGAAAGCCAUCAACCUGUGCAAGUAAAUGUGGUGAAUGAGAAUGAGCCACGUGGGGAGUCAACCAAGGAGAAAUUAAAUGGUGGGGGGGGAGAUCAGGCCCAUGGGACGCUGAAGUGGAAACGAAGUGCAAGGGCUGGCCAACAGUGGCCGUCUGAAGCCCAACAAGCUAGCCCAGUGGGAAAAAGGAAAAUUUUAGGUGGUCUAGGAGCUCAACAGGGAGAUGAAAAAGGGGUACAAAACAGGAGACUAAAAUAUAAGGGGGAACGUGAAUUUGUGCUACGUGAUGAAGAUGGUGCUAGCAUUAAUGGAUCGGGAAUGGCGGGGUCUGGAUCACAGCCCUGCCGACCGGCAUGA